AAUGUCGUUAUGCUUCCAUCUAGAGGCCAUCACACACAUUCUCUAAUCCUAGAGACACUAAUGAAUACCAUUAUUCUUUAGUUUAUCACGUCAUGAAUGAAAUGACAUACUAAUAACGGAAUACAGAUGUGUAACGGAAUACAGAUGUAAUCUGAUAAAUCUUAUUUUUCAAUUGCAACCAAGAAUGCAGAACGGUUAAAACGAACACACCGCCUUUGACAGUUCUGGGGGUUGGGUGCAUGACAAGCUCCGCCUAUUUGUUCCACGUCAGAAGAUAUAGGAAGAACCUUAGAUAAAAUGAUCAUACGUAUUUGCCUUGUUUGGAGACCUUAGCUACAUUUUUCAUUCAAUUGAUUGAAUGGCAACAAUGGAUACCGCACACUUAAAUCAGGAUUUGAAACCAACCUGUGCCGCAUCAUGCAACUGCAAAGGAAAUCGCGAUGUAAGGGAAGCCAGCACACAAACCGACACCAAAGUACAAGGUAAUGGACCUAGGCUGGCCAAGGUUAACCUCUUCACCCUGCUGAGUUUAUGGAUGGAACUGUUCCCCAAGGAGGAACCAGAAGACAUAAACUAUAAUUACUUUACGCGGGGUACAGGCCUGGUGGUGGUUCGGGACCAGAGGGUGGUGGGUCUUCACUGCUCCGGUCCAGAGCUCCACGUGGGGCAGGUAGCUGUGAUCAGACACGGGCCCAGGCUGGCUGCCUCAGACCUCUACUUCUCAAGGAGACCCUGCGCUACCUGCCUCAAGAUGCUUAUCAAUGCUGGGGUGAGCCGCAUCUCCUUCUGGCCUGGUGACCCUGAGAUGAGUCUGCUGGCGGUAGGGCCUAACGGGACGGACUCCAUUUCCCAGGAGGCCGUGCUGGACGCCAUUGCAUCCAAGAAGCUCAAGUCCAACAGCCGGCCCCACAUCAGUGUGCUGGUGCAGCCCGUGGCCCCCGGCCUGCAGCAGUUUGUGGAGGAGACCUCCAGGGGGUGUGACUUCAUGGAGAGGGUGUCGGGGGACGACCCUGGCCUGGACGCUGGGGACUUCUUCUGGAAGCAGAGGAGACGGAACCUGGACACUUUCUCCAAAGAGUUCCUAAUCCCACACGAACAGCUCCACCGUGACAUUCUCACCAAAAUAGGUCUGGAGAACUUCUGCAUGGAGCCGUACUUCUCCAACCUGCGUCAGAACAUGAGGGAGCUGGUCGGGGUUCUUGCCUCAGUAGCUGCUAGUGUGCCUCUUCUCCAGUACGGCUUCUACAGGAAUGACUCCCAGCCUGCAACCUCGGAGCCACCCCAGCCUCAGGGGGUGUCCCAGGAGAUUGCCAGACACUGCAUCAUACAGGCCAGACUGUUGGCCUACAGAACAGAGGACCCUAAGGUUGGAGUUGGUGCUGUCAUUUGGGCAGAAGGGAAGUCUGGUGGUUGUGAUGGCACAGGGCGGCUCUACCUGGUGGGUUGUGGGUACAACGCCUACCCAGUGGGCUCGGAGUACGGAGAGUACCCCCAGAUGGACAACAAACAGCAGGACCGCCAGAGGAGGAAGUACCGCUACAUCAUCCACGCUGAGCAGAACGCACUCACCUUCAGGAGUGCCGAGAUCCGCGAGGAGGAGAACACCAUGCUGUUUGUGACUAAGUGUCCGUGUGAUGAGUGUGUCCCUCUGAUCCGAGGAGCUGGGAUCAAGCAGAUCUACACCACUGACCUGGACAGCGGCAAAGACAAGGGAGACAUCUCCUACCUCAGAUUUGACGGCCUCCAAGGAGUCCUGAAGUUCAUUUGGCAGAAGUCCUCUCUGGCCAGGAGAGCCUCUGAACAUGCUGGUCUUCAUCUAACCAAUGGAUGUGUGGGGAAGCAUGGGAGACAGGCUGAACAGGACUUUCAAUGCAAUAAGAGGUUACGGUCGGCAACACCUCCAGACCUUUCUCUUGUUUGUUGAACAAUGGUAAGGUAGCUUUCAGUCUGGUUUCACCAGGCUAAGGUCCCCAGGCUCUGGUUGGGAAUGGAAACAUUUCAUUUAUCCAAUCAUAUAUAGAUCAGUGAUUACUUCAAAGAAGGAAGGCUGUAAGGAAGGAUACUUUAACAAUGUUGGAAAAUCAAAGGGCUCUUCGUACUCCCUUAUGAAUGAUGAACAGUUCCAAGGAGUAACCUCAAGGUGAUUUUAAAGGACUGACUGUAUAUUCAAAGGAAAUAGUACUACAUAACUAUAUAAAUGCUUAUGUAGAUAUUUUUUUAGUCAUUGCAAGUCUUGUAUGUAUAAGUGAACUGUAAAUGCAUGUUACCUAAUUGUUUGUCUGAAGAGUUUACAAUGAAAGUUGUAUGAAGGCUACUGUUGAUUGUAUUUUUAAGUUUACUAUAGUUCUUCCAGACCUAAAGACUCCAAGUCACAUCCCAGCCAGUGCAGGCUACCGUUACUAUAUUGCACUUUGCCUGAAAGGAUACUAACUUCUUGACCCACGCAACUGUGCUUUGUCUGUUACUGUAAUUGUUAAGCUUUUUUGUUAGACAGGGUUGGCUCCUACAUCCUUGAAUUGUUUCAUCAGUUUUACCAAACUGUCAAAGCAUGCCAUAGAUCUGUUGUAACUGCUUUAACUGAUCACAAUCAGCAGCUAACAGCAAAAAAAAACAAUAUAAAAUAUGACAAAGCGGGAAACAAUGUAUGCAUUUCUAUCCUUUAUUGGUGAUGUGGUACAGUAGAAUGUGGUACAGUAGUAUCAAUGGGAUUUCUUUUCAAAUGAAAUCCCAUGGUUGAAAUGGGUCAAUGUUUUAAGUCUCUUGUUUAUCAUUUUAAUCCAACAAUGUCAGUCACAGCUUAUGCCAUCCGAAACCCCGUUUAUACCGGGUGCUAACAUGCGCCCUGUGUCUUGAUCUUGUCCACAUUCUGAUUGUGACCACAUUUCUAGACCGGUGUAGACGAUUAAAAUAAUUGAUGAUGAUUCA